AUGAAGACCUUUCUCAUCCUUGCCCUCCUUGCUAUCGUGGCGACCACCACCACAACUGCAGUUAGAGUUCCAGUGCCACAAUUGCAGCCACAAAAUCCAUCUCAGCAACAACCACAAGAGCAAGUUCCAUUGGUGCAACAACAACAAUUUCCAGGGCAACAACAACCAUUUCCACCACAACAGCCAUAUCCGCAGCCGCAACCAUUUCUGCCACAACUACCAUAUCCGCAGCCGCAACCACCAUAUCCGCAGCCGCAACCAUUUCUGCCACAACUACCAUAUCCGCAGCCGCAACCAUUUCCACCGCCACAACUACCAUAUCCGCAGCCGCAACUACCAUAUCCGCAGCCGCAACCAUUUCCACAGCCGCAACCAUUUCUGCCACAACUACCAUAUCCGCAGCCGCAACCAUUUCCACCACAACAAUCAUAUCCACAACCACAACCACAAUAUCCGCAACCACAACAACCAAUUUCGCAGCAACAAGCACUACAACAACAACAACAACAACAACAACAACAACAAAAACAAAUCCUUCAACAAAUUCUGCAACAACAACUACAACAACAACAACAAAUCCUUCAACAAAUUCUGCAAGAACAACUGAUUCCAUGCAGGGAUGUCGUCUUGCAACAACCCAAUAUAGCACAUGCAAGCUCACAAGUAUCGCAACAAAGUUACCAACUGUUGCAACAAUUAUGUUGUCAGCAACUGUGGCAGACCCCCGAGCAGUCACGGUGCCAAGCCAUCCACAAUGUCAUUCAUGCUAUUAUUUUGCAUCAUCGUCAUCAACAACAACAACAACAACAACAACAACAACAACAACAACCGUCGAGCCAGGUCUCCUACCAGCAGCCUCAGCAACAAUAUCCAUCAGGCCAGGGCUUCUUCCAGCCAUCUCAGCAAAACCCACAGGCCCAGGGCUUUGUCCAACCUCAGCAACUGCCGCAGUUCGAGGAAAUAAGGAACCUAGCGCUGCAGACGCUACCAGCAAUGUGCAAUGUCUACAUCCCUCCAUAUUGCUCGACCACCAUUGCGCCAUUUGGCAUCAUGAGUACUAACUGA